CCAGAGCGCUUAUAAUGGAGCCGCUGUCAGCAGAACCUUCUGCUGCCGCCGCCGCCGCCGCCGCCGCCGUCCCUCCUCUUUUUUUUCCCGGCAGAUCUUUGUUGUGUGGGAGGGCAGCAGGGAUGGACUUGAGCUUGCGGAUCUCCUGCUAGAGCAGCCGCGCUUGGAGAGGGCGCCGCAGCCGCGAGGAGGAGCCGCCGCCGCCGCCGCCGCCCGAGGCCCCGCCGGACCCGGCCUCCGUCCGCCCGCGCCCCCGCUCGGCCCGCGCCUCCCGGCAGAGUGCCCUCGCGGCGGCAGAUGUGUGUGGGGUCAGCCCACGGCGGGGACUAUGGUGAAAUUCCCGGCGCUCACGCACUACUGGCCCCUGAUCCGGUUCCUGGUGCCUCUGGGCAUCACCAACAUAGCCAUCGACUUCGGGGAGCAGGCCUUGAACCGGGGCAUUGCUGCUGUCAAAGAGGAUGCAGUGGAAAUGCUGGCGAGCUACGGGCUGGCGUACUCCCUUAUGAAGUUCUUCACGGGUCCCAUGAGUGACUUUAAAAAUGUGGGCCUGGUGUUUGUGAACAGCAAGCGAGACAGGACCAAAGCUGUCCUGUGCAUGGUGGUGGCUGGGGCCAUCGCUGCCGUCUUCCACACCCUGAUAGCUUAUAGUGACUUAGGCUACUACAUAAUCAAUAAACUGCACCAUGUGGAUGAGUCAGUGGGGAACAAAACGAGAAGGGCCUUCCUCUACCUUGCUGCCUUCCCUUUCAUGGAUGCGAUGGCAUGGACCCAUGCUGGCAUUCUCUUAAAACACAAAUACAGUUUCCUGGUGGGAUGUGCCUCCAUCUCAGAUGUCAUAGCUCAGGUCGUUUUUGUAGCCAUUUUGCUUCACAGUCAUCUGGAAUGCCGAGAGCCUCUGCUUAUCCCAAUCCUUUCCUUGUACAUGGGCGCCCUCGUGCGCUGCACCACACUGUGCCUGGGCUACUACAAGAACAUCCACGACAUCAUCCCCGACAGGAGCGGACCAGAGCUGGGGGGAGAUGCAACAGUAAGAAAGAUGCUGAGCUUCUGGUGGCCUUUGGCUCUCAUCUUGGCUACACAGAGGAUCAGUAGGCCUAUUGUCAACCUAUUUGUUUCCCGGGACCUUGGUGGCAGUUCUGCAGCUACAGAGGCAGUGGCGAUUUUGACAGCCACGUACCCUGUGGGUCACAUGCCAUAUGGCUGGUUGACGGAAAUCCGCGCUGUCUACCCUGCUUUUGACAAGAAUAAUCCCAGCAAUAAGCUGGUCAGCACAAGCAACACAGUCACAGCAGCCCACAUCAAGAAGUUCACGUUUGUCUGCAUGGCCUUAUCGCUGACGCUCUGUUUUGUGAUGUUCUGGACCCCCAACGUUUCCGAGAAAAUCUUGAUAGACAUCAUUGGAGUGGACUUCGCCUUCGCAGAACUCUGUGUCGUCCCCUUGCGUAUCUUCUCCUUCUUCCCGGUUCCAGUCACCGUGAGGGCCCAUCUCACUGGGUGGCUGAUGACCCUGAAGAAGACCUUUGUCCUGGCCCCCAGCUCUGUGCUGCGCAUCAUCGUCCUCAUCACCAGCCUCGUGGUCCUGCCCUACCUGGGGGUACAUGGAGCCACCCUGGGCGUGGGCUCCCUCCUCGCAGGGUUUGUGGGAGAAUCUACCAUGGUCGCCAUAGCAGCGUGCUACGUCUAUCGGAAGCAGAAAAAGAAGAUGGAGAACGAGACAGCCGCUGAGGGGGAAGACUCGGCGAUGACGGACAUACCUCCAGCAGAGGAGGGGACAGACAUCGUGGAAAUGAGAGAGGAGAACGAAUAAGGCACGGGACGCCUGGGCUCUGCAGGGACAUUGAGAUGGCACUUCAGCAGCAUCUCCUGUCCCGUCGUGUUUUGUUCCGUUUUUGGUUUCGUUUUGGUUUUGGUAAUGAAAGAGGCCUUGAUCUAAAGGUUUCAGGUAAACUCUCUGGCAUACUGGGUAUGCUCACACUGACGUGGAGACCUAAAAAAUGGUCUUUGCCAUUGCUUUGUAAAAACAAACAAAACAAUUGACUUCAUGCCCCCCGCUUCAUGAAAUCCCAAAAGACAUCGCUGCCUCGUAGUCCAGGUUGUCUCCUCCUCCCUCGGACAAUCUCCACUUGGAACCAAAGGACUAGGCUGUGCUGUCCAUCGCCCCUCGGCCACCACUGCCCAGCAGGCCACAGACUUUACCCGGUCCCUUUGCGUCUCUUAAGAAUCAACUCAGCUUUCUUUGAUCAGCUUCCCGGUGACAUGACUGUACAAAGAGAUGUAACCCUGGUGGCCUUCCACCCUGGAGUCAUAAACUGUCUCCUACCCACGUGUAGUGGGUCAGCGACAGGCUGCAGCCCGAAGUGGCCGUUCACACUGAGGAACGGAUUUGUGAACGCGCUGGACAGGUGGAUGGAAAGAAUCUCCUGUAGGAAGGUUUUGAGAUGCCAUGGGAGUAGCUCACAGACACGAUCGAACGCUAGCAUUUCAUCUCGCCUCCCGUUUUCCUAGAUUUGAGCGAGCGCUCACUUUCCAUGCCCUGCUGUAUACAUACUCGAGCUAACUUUUUAAAGUUGUCGCAAAAGCGCAUCUCCAAACCUCAGCAUCCUUCGGCAUGACUUCCCCUGAAGGCUUGUUCUUCACUCACCUUUCCUGAAGAUGGCACUAGAGCAAGUGAAAUGGAGCAUUCUAACUUUACAUUUUAGUUUUUAAAGUGAACUGAAGCUUUAAGUCAUAAUCUAGCAUUCUAACGCCAGGUCGCCGUAUCGUAACUUUUGAAGUAGAUUUAUCACCUGGUCUGCCGUUCUUAGUCAUAACCAUGCGGUACAGGUAAUCCAGAGUGUACUUCGGUACUCCCCUCUCAUGCCACACGACAAAGCAAGACAUUUUAUAAACGAGAGCAAAGUCACUAUGUGAUAUUCCCUGAAAUGACACAUUUGAAAUCCAUUUAGUGCAGUAUAUUUUUCUAAGUUUUGGAAAGCGGGUUUUUUCUUUAAAAAAUUAUGGACACGGUUCACUAAAUUCUUGAUUUAGUAAAAAUCCUAGACUGAAAGAACCUAAAAACAAAAAUAUUUUAAAGAUAUAAAUAUGUACUGUAUAUGUUAUGUAAUUUAUUUUAGGCUAUAAUACAUUUCCUAUUUUUCGCAUUUUCAAUAAAAUGUCUCUAAUACAAUACAGGGAUUGCUCGUGUGCUCAUCCUACCUGCGGUUGAAAGGUUGAAACAUAUUGUACCGAUGAACAUUGUAUCUUAUUUGCAGGCCAUUCUACAGUCUGUCGUUUGUAUAUAAAUGUAAGGAUCAGUAAAUGACGAGAGAACUAUUUUUCAUUAUGGGUAAUGGGUAUAAAUGGGUCAGCCGCUGCGGACAAUAGUAAGAAUGGAACUAUAUGCUGGAAGGGCAAAAAAAGAAAGAAAAAGGCAAGUUUUUAUGUUUAUUGUUUUCAGUGCUGUGUCAUCAUAUUGCUCCUCAUAGAAAAAGACUGUAAGGGCAGAAAGUCAGCCAUGAACAUCACGAGGUUGCAUUCACAUUUCUGGACACCCAGGGACCCUUGGGUGUGCCCACCAUGGGGACAGAUCCCCCCGUGUUUCCUCUGAGCAUUUUCUCCUCCAAAUAUAUGAGUGCUGAAAAUUAAGAUGCAUAGUUUUGAGGUGGUUUCAGGGGCAGAUCUGAGAAGAUGGGGGAAAAAAUCUAAUUGUAUCAGCUUUUUUAAAGUACGUGAUUAGAAAAUUAAACAACAGCAGUAUUUUUUAACACGUGUGACUAUUUCAUACUUGCGGGGCUGGAGCUUAAAGAGCAAAUUGAAAAAGGCAAUUGUUAUCCCUCUAAAUCAGGGCAAGGCCAACUAGACUCUUCAUUAUGCAACUAGAAUAUGUCAUUAUAACUUCAGAGACACCGUCGGUGUUAAAGAUUCACGGGCCACAGUAUUUCCUGAGAGUUUCAGAGAACGCAGACCCAGACCACAGUGGAGCUGGGAUUGUGCAGGACAUGUCCAGAAUCCAGAACUUUCCUUGAAGCACACCAUCCCUCACACAGUUCCUUCACCUGGGCUGCUUAAGUCACGGCCUAACAAACACACCUUAACAUCUAAAGGAAAACCUGUCACUGGCAGAGUCUCCUGCAUCUGUUCUAACCAACACGGCUGGGAAAGGAUGCUAAAAGCGGGGGGGGGGGGGGGGGGAGGACCCUCCUCCUUCCCACUUUUCAGAGUAAGGAGGGGCGCUCCUUUGACUUUGCCAACCAAAGAAACGUUCCCCCCAACACAGGUUUCUUUUUUAUUGCAAGUCGCUCAGCUGGUAGAUAUAUUUAGAAGGGCACCGUGCCUGCGAGAGUCUCAUGUCAAGGACCAUGAAAAGCUCAGACGUGACUUUCCCAAUGUGGAGUGAUUGCUUGUAGACAAACAGAAUCUGAAACUCCAGGGGCAGAAAGAUGAUUUUAAUUUAAAUGCUGAGAAGUGGGUUUGGGCAGCUCAAAGCAGUCUUUCUAUGUUGAGGGUUUUCUCUGCGCAAGCCCAGCUCAGAGCUCCUUCUGUGGCCUCUGCUUUUUAGAGGGGCAUGUGCAAGGUCAUUCUAAACGUGCAGCUGCCGUGUGCUCUGCCUCCAAUUAGUGGGAUCUCCGUGGUGCUGGGCAUCAGCGAGAUACCCAAGAAUUGAGGAGAAAGAACCAGGCAAGGCUUGCUCCGGAAAAAUCAUGCUAGGGAUGGAUCUGCCGGCCACGGGGCUCAGGGCGUGUGCAAGAGGUUGGCAUGUCGGCCGCAACCCCUCACCUGUUUGGGAUUCUUUAAUUUAGACACAGAAGGCCGCUGGUUUACAUCACUGGGUGGAAGCCAGGCACGUCCCCUUGCCACCUGCCUUGAGCAUGUCUUGUCCCAAAAGUCCUCUUCUCUGUCUCGUGUUUGUGUCUGUGUUCUGUGUUUUAGCACUAGCUGGUGGGUUCCAUGGAUGGCCAGUACACUGAGAAAUGGAAACUUGUAGUGUUGGUUUAGGAUAUAUUGGAUGGGGCCAAGUAGGCUUCGUUAUGGUAGUAAAUGCAUUUCAUUUUUCACUCUUUGCGUCCUCCCAAUAAAUAAGCUUGGGAGGGGCAAAGGGUGGGAGGUCCAGGAGGCCGGAGGCCCUGGGGCUCCACCCUAGACCAGCUCCAUCAAGCUGGGCUGAGUUUCCAGACUCCAGGGCACGUCCCAACCAGGGGCCAGCUCUGUGGUCCUCAUAAGCAGCCUUUUUGGGCUCUCUCUUGGGGUUGGGAUAAUCACAUCUCCCAAAUAACAGAAAAGUUAUUCAAUGAUACAUUGAGAGUAAGAAGUGAAAAAAGUCCAUAGCUCCCUACGCUCUUAAUUGUUCGUCCUUUGGGGGUCUUUUCUUCUGGAAGGAAGGGGCAGGGAGAGAGCAACUUUCUUCGUACCCUUAGUUUCUAGAAACACCUCAAUUUAAAGACUGGAUUUUUUUUUUUUCAAACUGGAGUGGGAGGGAGAGUGAGAGCGUGUGUUGCAAAAUAGGAAGUAUUUAUAUUGUUGUAAUUAAAAUGCAUUCCCUUGAGAAAUAUUUUCUUGUAUUUAAGAAUCUUUUUACUUCUGGAAAUCUCUAAGCAGACCAGUGCCCAGGACAGCACAUGCACCGAGCAGCCAGGGUUUCUGGCCUCUUACUUUGCAGGUGAGCUGACCUCUGAACUUGGACGACUCUUCAUCAGUCAAGCAAUGCGCAGUCCAGGAAACGGGGCCUUUUAUGUUCCAAGUCCUGCAAUGAGCAGGGCUUUAUAAGACGUGGCAAUUUGUAGUGUUGAGCCCUCCAUGUUAGACCUGCAGCCGCUUCCUGAAACCAGCCGCCCCGCCCCCUCUCUGGACAGCCACCCUCUCACACGGCCCUCACACAGCUCUUUCAUAAAAAGCAUUUGAACCAUAGGAAAUCGUGUUUUUGAGCAACAUGUUUGGUAAACAUUCGAGAUGCUCCUCUGUGUGGUUAUUUUGAGUCUCUAUUUCUGUCAUUUGAAGCAGCAAAACAUCACAUGACUCAUCAGCUGAUCUAACCACACAUAAAACAGGAUGUAGAGAGAAUCAGACGGACGGAAAGGCCCUCCUCCCUGCCCUUUUAAAGGCUAAAUGUCUAAAACUAACUACACAAAUGUUCAAAAUGAUAGACAUUGUAUUGUGUCAUCAAAAUAACCCAAACCCCGCUCAGGGAGUCAGAAAAAGUAUAACAAAUUAUAGAGAUUACUGUCUGAUCUCAAAAGGGAAAAAUAAUGAAAAGGAGAUGGUGAGACCUUGAUUUAAGACUUCAUUUUCUUCUCAAGAGGGGAGGUUAGAACUAUUAACUGCUGCAGCCUCUGCAAAGAAGAGAACCAAAGGUGGGCUUCCUAAGUCAUUAUUGUUUUUAAUCAUCUUUGCCAAGUCCAAGUGGUUCCAGAAGAAUUUUUUUUCUCUGCUUCAUCUGCAGUCAACCAGGGUCUCUAAAUAGGCUGCCUAAGAUAUAUGCACUUUUAUAAUAAGACGGCUGUCGGCUACACCCAGAUUCAGCACACAGUGUCUUAUAUGGUCUGUCUGUUUACGUUAGGUUAUGUAACCAAGUGCACUUUACUAACAAGACAACAUCGGCUUCUACAAUCUGUAUACAUAAACAAAAGCGCACAAGAGCCGGGAACCCUUUCUCUCUCCAGACGUCUCAGUGAAGUUUCCUUAGGUUAAAGAAGCGGGGAGGUGAAGAGAGACCAGCUAACAAUGGUUGGACUGUUUGCCCUAUGGCUUCAUGGAAAUUCAGCCACAUACGGAGAUUGGUUGUUACUCUAAGAUUUAGAGGCAGAUGUUCUCCAACUAUGAACCAGGGACAAGAAAUGGUGCCUUUGGAGUGGGAAAGAUUAUGGCCAGGAGGACUCUGGUUCCCUGGAGCGUGGGGCUGUGAACAUGGGGGACCCACAGUUUGGAUGAACCUGCUACUGAAGGUGACACUCAAACCAUGCUGGUCAAAGGAGGGACAAGGUACACAUCAACAUCAGUCACUCAGCACCCACAGCAUGGACUGUCACCAGCAAGCAGGACUAUACCCCUAGGGGUGCCACAUCCACAAGGCUUGUGGGGGCAAAUACACAGCUCCUUGGGUCUAUGAUAGGUUUGGUUUGUUUAGUGAUGUAUUGAGAGGGCAAAUAUCUAAAGCUGGAAUGACCAAGGAGCUAGUACAGAGCUUCAGAAAUCCUGACAGAGCUGCGCAGAGAUGCUGUUCAACACCGACAAGCCUACACUCAUUCAGUUAAGGAGAGCUUCUGUGCUGGAGGUGGUGGGCCCACAGCACGACCUCCCGUGUCACUCUCACGUCCCCGGCCUCACGUGUACAAUGAAAGGCUUAGGCCCUUAUUGCCAAGGCUCCUUCCUGGCCCUACAUUCUACGUAUGAUCUGGGAUUUAGAACACAGUACAGGCUCCUGCAAUGGAAAUAUAAAAUUACCUCAUUCUUCAUUUCAGAUCCGAACAUUAGCAGUGAUCCAGAAUUUUUUUUUCCAACAAAAUUAAGUCUACUGGGAGUCAUUAUUCUACAAGUGCUGUGGCUGUCAGUUUACAGGCUUUUUAGUCUCACAUCAAAACUAUGGGUUUAAUUUAAACUGUUGAAACCAGUCACUUUAAAAUAUUUGUGCACCUUUGAUUAAAACUGACUGCAGAGGUCAAUAGAAAAUAUAUGUUGCAUUUAAACAAGUGCUGUGUAUGUAUUUCAUAGAUGUUAAGUUUUUGCAUUGUUAAGAGCAUUUAUAUAUGUUUUUCUUUUUUGUUUCUUUAGGGGGGAUUUGUGCUCCUAUAUUGUCAAAUGGCUUUCACAUGCUAGUUUUACUUUAAGUAAAGCUUAAAGAGUUGGCAUACGA